CGUCGAUUAGUCACACGAAGCUUGACUUUACCAUUUCGUUUCUCGUUUGGUAAUCGAGAAAGGAACUUUGCUCAAUCUUCGUUUCUCGUUUGUGACUGAUCAAAGAUGGGAAGUCAGGAGAAUGUGAAACACCUCGAGGAAUGCACUGUUUCCAAUGCAUUAGGAACAUGGGUAUUCUCAGUCCUAGGCGCAUUGGUUGCAAUCCCGGUAGGCAUCAAACGCAAGUCUCUUGGUCCACUAGUGUUCUUUGGCACAACGGGAACAAUGCUCGACAUCAUCAUUGGUGUAAGUCAAUGUGAGAGAGAACACGCAGAGCACCAAAUGAAGUUACUCCAAGACUCUCAAAAUGCCACAACAACAACCAACACAGAGACUGAGGAUAACUCUUCCAUGACCUAAUCUUUUUACAUUUUUCUCAAUAAGACUUUGAUGUACUAUGUUGCCACUCACAAGUUAAACUUGUUUCAAGCUAUUGUGAUUAUUCCAUGUGUCUUGAGAAAACAAAGAAGAAUGAUGAUUUUGCAACCUAAAGCUGAUCAUCUACAUUGUCAUCUCCACAACAAAUUGCAAGGGCAAUC